AUGAGGGGGUUGAGUGCAACUGAAAUAAGAGAUGAAGGGCUUUUGUUAAAUUUACCAAGACUCCUCUUCGACCCUUCCAGAUUCCUGUCCGGUUCUAGAGUCCCCUCCCGCUCGACCUCGGUCGCCAUCGGGAGGUCUUUAGGUCUGGACCCCCGCCACCUUGAGGCUCAACGCACCUUUCUGAGCCGCGGGCCCCACCUUGUCUCCUCUGUCACGUGGGCCUCACUCCUCUCCUUCUUCUCCUCACGUGGUUUUCCCGCCGGAGGUUCUGACGGCGACGCCAUCGUCGUUGAGGGCAAGACCGCCGCAGAUGAGAACUAUCUAUCUUUCAAGAGGAAGAUUAGAUUGGAAGAUGGAAAUCCAGCAAAAAAGAAUCGGGUUUCUCUAAACAAAACAAACAUGCAAAAGGAAGUUGUCAAUGAUGUAGUGAGUGAUGAUGAGAGCAUUUGUAUUGGAAGAAGGUUGAAGUUAGAUGAGAACCCUCCAUCGAAGAAGCGAAAGAUAAGUUUCUGCAAUCUAGGCGAGUAAUCUUCAGUAGACUUGAAAAACUUUGAAUGAUUAAAACGUGUUAAAUAUCCAUGACCUAUUCUUAUUUUUUGUUUUUCAAGAUCUAUUUCCUGAAUGAAGAGUAAGCAUAACCAUAAGUAAGGGACGUUUAACUGGGAAACA